GAAGGAGCACGGCGGAGAAUAAAAAUGGUGAACUUUCCGUGGACUGAGGGACGACUGAUCGACAGCCUUUCGGUAGAGAGAGCAGAUUCGAGAUGAUUAGAUGCCGGUGGCAGCAGAAUCUCUGGGUGGGGGCUUUUCGGAUUCAUUCUCAGGCAGAUUAGCGAAACGAGCGAGACGCAGCCCUAGAGGCUAAUCUUUACCGUCGAUAGAGAGUUCCGCUUAGUGUGUGGCUUUGGAUAUGGUGAGAUAGUGAUGAGAUAGAAAUCAUCAGCGUGAUUUCGCUUCGUAAAUUUCUCGCCACGUUGGUGCAGUUUGUAGUCGAAUCGUUUGCAGUCGUCGCGCUCGCCUGGGCUUGGCUUGACCCUGCACGUCGGUGAUUGCCCGCUGGAUUCAUCUCAGAGAGAGUUUAUGCUGUUCUGGAUCGACAGAAUCGAGAAUCGUUUGGCUAGUAGUUUGCUCUGCGUUCAGAUUUGAUGGAACAAUUAAGGGAUGACAUCGGUCAGGAGCUGAUUGGUACGCUGUUUUUGUGAUACGAGCAUGACAAGAGGCAAGAGUAAAGUCAAUUUGAUCGGUCGGAAUCAAGGAGGUAUGAAGCAGAGAGCGGCGUAUUACGAGGAUUAUGCCAAACCUGUGCUCGUAAAUUGGCCUUUUAUGGUCGUUGCUGCGGCUGCUCUUUUCGUUGUGGGACAUUUUGCGAAUAAGCGCGCAGGCAGGCGUACUGGUGGAAGCGGUAAGAGUUCCCCUUCCGAUGAUACCAACAACCCAGUCCAAAAUGACGAGGGCUUGCCCCGUGGAGGCAAUCGACCGAUGAGCUUAGCCGAACUUCGGGCCCGGCGCGUGGAGGCAGCAGAAGCGAGGACCCGACAUGGGACAACCGCUAGUAAUCCAGGGGUCGCUAAGCCGACUCCAUUGGGCAGAAUCCUAUCACUUACUCGCGAGGUGGACAAGCUAGAAAAGGAGGCCUCUGCAUUUCUUGCCUCUGUGAAGGAGCUUGAAGGACUGGAUGCUGCAUCGGAAAAGGAGCACUCAAGACUCUUGGAGCUCUUGACUCAAGUACAACUGAAAAUCGAUGGAAUUCAGUCUGAUGAGAGCGUUCGACCGCAUAGGAAGACUCAGACUCAACGCGUGCAAAGUCUGACUCUUGAAUUGGAAGCUGUUGACAAAAAGACUGCCUGACGGCAAGAACCAGAUUGACGCAAAAACAUCUGGCUUAUGCGAGCUUGGAUUUGUGAAUUAGGACUCAUUUAUUGCUUGGAUCUUUGGAGGGAAUGGAGGCUUACAAUCCCUAGUUCCAAUUGAACUGACUUUGUCUAGUCAAGGAGAAUUCUUUACAUUUUUUUAAUAGCAGGUGGAAUCAUAGCGCAGGCUGGCUUCUCAGCUGUAUACUAGUUUCAAUCUCCAAAGAGAGGCGCCUUCAUUUCGCGAUCGGCAAAGGUUGCACUAUAUGCAUGUUAUCAACGGAUAUCGUAUUCUUCGAAGGACUACAGCCUCCAAUCUGGUUUCAUUUGGAGCUCGUGUUAUGUUUUCUACUCUCUUUGCGAAAUUCAAAACCGUUCAAGU